GCUGGGAGUUGUAGUCCGGUCGUAUGGUACCAUGGCCACCAAGCGUCACGGAGCGGCAGCGCCGGCGGCAGCCAAGCGCGGGAGGCGCGAGGAGCGCGCAGAGCUGUGCGCGGCCCUCGGGGACGCGGCGCUGCGGGAGCGCGCGGGGGCGGCCUGGGCCCGCGGGGAGCGGCUGCGGCACGAAGCGGUGGUCCUGGAGCCGGCCCCGUUCCGGCACGGUGUCAUUCCCGGUUUCCUGGCGGGUCCAGCUUUCGCGGAGGCGCUGCGGGAUGAACUGCUGGGUCUCGACUUCCGCGGGCGGCGCAACGAUCUCCUGUCGCUGCGGCAGUCCGAGGAGCUGGGGGCAAGCCCGGAGCCCCGCAUCGCCGCCCUGAGGCAUGCUCUGUGUGAAGAAUUCCAAGUGUGGCUUUCUGCUGUGACCCAGAUAGAGCUGGAGCCAACUAUUGACAUAUCCUGUGCUAAAUACGAAUAUACCGAUGUCUUGCUAUGCCACGAUGAUGAGCUGGAAGGUCGGAGAAUCGCUUUCAUCCUGUACCUUGUCCCACCCUGGGAGAAAAGUGAUGGGGGAACGUUGGAUCUCUACAGUACAGAUGAACACUUUCAGCCACAGCAAAUCACCAAGUCAUUAGUGCCUUCAUGGAACACGCUGAUUUUCUUUGAAGUGUCUCCAGUCUCUUUCCACCAGGUGUCAGAAGUUCUGUCGCAGAAGUGCCGCCUGUCAGUGAGCGGUUGGUUCCACGGUCCCUCUGUGGCCAGACCUGCACGGCACAUUGAAGCCCCCUUGGCCAGGAGCCCACACAUCCCCUAUGAUCAUGAAAUAUUGUAUGAGUGGAUCAAUCUAGUUUAUUUGGACGUGGACUCCCAAGCUCAAAUCCAGGAGGAAUUUGAGGACCGAUCAGAAAUUCUCCUGAAAGACUUUCUUAAGAAAGAGAAAUAUCAACUACUAUGUGAAGCAUUGGAGAGCAAAGAGAUCCAGUGGAGUAGUCGGGGGCCAGCCAAUAAAAGAUUCUAUGAGGCAGCAGAGGAAGACAGCCUGCCUGACACACUGAAGAAAUUCCUGCAGCUGUUGCGUUCUGAGGCCUUAUUUUUACUGCUUUCCAACUUCACUGGCCUAAAACUGCACUUCCUGGCUCCCUCUGAUGAGGAUGAAGAUGCAGAGGAGGGACAAGCAGCAGACACCACUGGGCACAGCAGUCUCAAAUCUGAGCAGGAAGACCCUGAACAACCAGCUAAUGGCAAUCCUGAUCAGCCACACCAGCCUGAGAACACCCCUGAAGCACAGGACAGCGAGAUGCAGAGUGGCUCAGGCACACCUGUGUGUGCAGGGGAGCUGCGACGCUGGACCCACGGGCACUACACUCUUGUCCAUGACUCUCAAGCCACAGAAUUUGCUCUUGAUCUGCUCUUCUUCUGUGGCUGUGAAGACUGGGAUCCUGAAUAUGGUGGCUUUACUUCCUACAUUGCUAAAGGUGAAGAUGAAGAGCUGUUGACAGUGAAUCCAGAGGACAACUGCUUGGCCUUAGUUUAUAGAGACAAGGAAACUAUGAAGUUUGUGAAAUACAUCAACCAUCGAAGCUUGGCACGCCUGAACAAGCAUGCAAACAGAACAGGAUUUUGGGAUUUUUCCUUUGUUUAUUAUGAGUGAUGGUGCAUUGUGACCACUGUCACAGAGAACAGUGGUGGGUUGUUGGCAGGUUCCUACCCAGAUGUUCAGCUCUGACCUAAGCACAGACAAACUUUGCUCAUGGAGCUCCAUCACAGUGCAUAAUGUGGGGACAGAUGGUUUUUUUAACUGCAGAAAUGGAAAUUGUAACACACCCUCAACUGCUUUUAA